CCGAAGAAUUACUUGAUGAAACAUGGCAGACGAUGUAGAACAGCAGCAAACUACCAACACUGUGGAGGACCCCCUGGAUCUUAGGCUCAGCCCAGAGGAGCGAAUUUGUGUGAAAAUGAGAAACAACCGAGAGCUUCGAGGCAGAUUACAUACUUAUGAUCAACAUUUAAAUAUGAUCUUGGGAGAUGUGGAAGAAACUGUGACUACUAUAGAAAUUGAUGAGGAAACAUAUGAAGAGACAUAUGAAUCAACAAAACAGAAUAUUCCCGUGCUCUUUGUCCGGGGAGAUGGCAUUUUCCUGGUUGUCCCUCCACUGAGAGCUGGCUGAAACAAAGAAUUUGUCCUGUACGGAAAACAAGAGACUUUGUACAGUGGCCUCUCUAAAUGUGCAAGAUAUUCAAAAGAGAAACCCGCAUACAUUUGGAUAUUAAGAAAUAAUUCUGGGGAUUCUUCCACUCCUGAAAUGAGUUGAUUUGCAGAUAAUUCACAACUUCUUAAGCUAAAUGGUAUUUUCGAUUUUCUCAAGCUC